GCAUGAGCCUGCGGUGUAACACCACUAGUAUUUAGUACUGCAGACACCGGACAGCUCUCCAGCCAUCCACCACAUCUGUCGCUGAACCCGUGUAGUGAAACGAUGUCUAACGAGUCACCGCCACCGACCAAACCCAAGCCAGGUUCGUUGCGCGACAGGAUCGCAGCAUUCGAGAACAAGAAUGCCCCUGCAGCCUCAGCCCCGGGCCCAGGUGCGGGCGUGGCUGCACCAGUACCACGCCCAAAGCCUGGAAACCUUCAAUGGAAACCUAAACCACCCUCCCCACCACCUACGAUUCCCGAUCAAGCGUCCAAGAUCGCAGGUGUCGGUGGAGGCAUGUCCGCCUCAGACGCGAAGGAGAGCAUCAGUCGGGGUGGGACGCUCAGGGAACGCAUGGCAGCGCUCCAGGGGAAGGGAGGAUUUGGUGCUCCUGCUCCACCCCCUGUCAAACCCGUCGCCGUCGAGAAGCCCAAGUGGAAGCCACCACCAGUGGUAUCGCCCUCGCCCGUUGAUGACGAGGGUGUGCCGGGUCGCGCCUCGUCGCAAUCGCCCCCAUACAGGCGCAGAGUUCCCCCCCGCCCGAAGGAGAUCGGACCAGCCCUUGACCCUGAAGAAGAAGAAAGGCAGCGCAGGGCCGCGAUUGCCGCUCGGAUGGCACGCCUUGGGGGUGCAAGGAUUGGAAUGGCCCCUCCCAUCGUUGCUCCUAAGCCUGUCGUGCGCAAACCCACAACACCUGCCCCAGAGCCCAAACAGGAGGAAAGCAACUCUACUAACCAUCGUUGCAAUGCUGCAGUCGGAACACUUAUUCGUGAGCUAGUCGGAUCACCUUCCAAGGAGGAGACCACAGAAGAAUGUACACCACCCGUUGAACGCAGAGAUUCUGAUCAAGCAAGCAUCGGAUCCUCUUCUUCCAAUCGGACACCUGCAGCUAUGCCAGUCCCUGCAGGGCCCCGCCGUGCUGCCCCUCCUCGCAGGAAAACUUACAAAUCUGCGCCAUCGACACAGCUCCCUGAGGUGCCAGUCCCAGUUUCUGGCUCGGACCAAUCAGUUUCAGAACCGAUCGCUACCGCUUCGCCACCACCCUUAGCUGAAGCCUCCAGUGUGGAGUCCUCCCAGCAGCUUGUUGUCACUCCACCUGUCGGAGCUUUGGUUGCGAGAGAGGCACAUCAUGAGGUCGGGAUAGUUAACCAGCCUGCAGAUGUGCUCGACGAUACACUCCUUUCUGGGGAAGACGGUACUGGAACGGUAUUGGUGGAGCGACUUGACACAAUCGUCAAUGAGCCAGAGGGUGACGUAGACGAAGAAGGUUAUACGCAAGAGCUUCAAGUGCGCGGUCAAGGAUCUCUCGUAGGCUCUUCGUCAAAUAUGACAGCUGAUGACGAGCAUGGUUACGUACCAUCUGACCGAACACCCUCUUCUCAUGUGCAUGUGGAACUUGAACCAGAGCAAGAAAAGGAACUAGAGGUGGAACAAGGACAAGACGAGGACGAAGAAGAUGACGAAACUCGGCGCAAGCGUGUUGCUGCCAGACUCGCACAAAUGGGUGCGUUCAACCCCCUCACUGGCCCGCCUCCGAUCCCGCGCCGCACCUCCAUUGAGGAGCCUCAUUCCGAGGAAAACCAAUUUGAUGUCGAGGAGGAAGUGAAUGUGGACACUGAGGAAGUUGGAGAGUAUGUUCCUUCACCCCCUGCGGCAGCAGCUCCUCCCGCUGCCCAUCAAGUCGAAGAAGAAUUCGAGCGUGGUCACGUUACUGCUGAGGUUGAAGAGAGGAAUGUAGAGGCGGAUAUCGAAAAAAUGGAAGGCGAAGGCGAAAGCAUUUCAGACGAACACGAAGUUGAAUUUGAAUCUACAACAACAGCCGGAGAUCGGGUAACCCACAGGGUACUGUACCAUAACACUGGGAUCGACGACGACGAUGAGGAAGGACAACAGCACGCUGGGCGGCUCUCUCUCGAGGAGCGGACCGCUCAGGCAAUCGCAGAUCAACUUUUUGAUGAUAGUUAUAGCAAUGGCGCCGACCUGGGCGAACCCCUCGCUUCGACUGCGGAAGCAGAGCUAGGCGCUGAAGGGCAAGCUCCGGCGAGCCAGGCGGAUAUAAACUCCAGGGGCUCUGUGCCUAGCACCCGGCCCGAAAACAAACCUGCCUUGGAGACCCGCGCCAACGACGACGACGACGACGACGGAUACGUUACUGGAGCUGGCAAGGGGGAGGACGACGACAUGGCCCCCCCACGUAUCACUCGACCGAUCCCUCCGCCUCCUGUCAACUUUGGUACGAAGCCUCUGUUGGUGUCCCCUUCCGCUCCAUCGAGGACGGCGUUACAGUCUUUGAAAGACGAUGAGCAAGAUAGGGCCGUGUCGCCCGACAUUCCCCCCAGGCCAAUCCCCCCACCUCCUGUGAGGAGCGGUAUGUGCCACUGGGUUAUAUCUUAUCUGAUAAUGCCCUCAUGCCCGCUGUGAUAGUCCCUGAAGUGGUUGAAGGGGAGUUGCCCAUCCAGCCUCGUCGUUCUAUGCCUCCGCCGCCCAGACGUUCGAGUCUCAAAAUGACUGAACCUGCGAUCGAGACUCCGCCCACACCCCCGCCUGUGCCAACAUUGCUACGGCCAACGCGAAGGCCAACUUCGCCGCCUAUCAUCACAACAUUACCAGUACUGGUAUCAGAACGAGUAGGUGGAAGCGAGGAACCCGAAGCAUCAGCUUCUGAAUCUCAAG